GAUGUGCCAGAUUUCGUACGAGCCUGGCAUCCAUCAGUUCGUCGACCGAUCAUUCCCCCCGAUCCGACAACCUACCACGAAGCCAUUCAUCCUCGCGCAAUUUUCGAGCUUCGUGAAACACCCUCCGGGGAAUAUGUAUCUGUUGUUCCCUAUUCCUGCGUCCAUUGUCGUUCGGUAAAGCAAACUUUCAACCAGGCUAUCAGAAGCUUCCCCCGCCCAAGGUGGCCAAGGGUAGAAAACAUGCACCAACCCCUAUAUCCCCGCCAAUAUCUGGAAUGUCCCAAACCCCUACGGCGCCACCCUCCAAGAGGAUAUCAGCUUCAAGAUCCAACCAAGCCAUAACAACUUCUUCAAAUCCUCGGUCACCCAAGAAACAGAAAUUGACCCAUCCGAGCUCUUCAAGAGCUCCAAAAAGAACUUCCAAAUGCAAGGAGAACAAGAACAAUGACGAUGGUAAGCCUCUUCAGAAUAUAUCACUUACAGUCAACCCGGAAACCAGGAGCGAUGCUGCGGUCACUACAGCGCCGGUUUGGACUUUUGUUAGGCCUCCAAAGAUCAAGUGUGCUAUUGACAGCUGUACAGCUGUCCCCACAGUCGAUACCCUUCCUUGCACACCUUACACGCCUCGAGUCUGGGCAAAUUCUCGCGCAGAAAUUGCUUCGAUAUUCCCUGAACUCACGAAGUCUCUUACGGGUAUCUCAUGGCGGCAGUUUGAAAUGCCCGCAUUGCUACUAGAACAUCCCCACCCCGAGCAUUCCUGGAGAGACAAAAACACUCUGGAAGUCGUUUUGGAAUGGAAUUAUCGAUAUGGACCCGAAGUACCUGUACGUAGCGAUUCGCAUGUCAUAACGCACGACGAGAGGCCCUCCGAUAACAGUGACUUGGUAGCACAGGUGGAAGAAGGCGAGUCUGUCAAAGAUGCAGUGCCCUCCUUCACCCCUAUCAAAAGCGACCAUCUUCAGUUCAAUUUCUCAUCGUUCACCACACCUCUGGCUGUAGGAUCCGAAGUGUUGCCAUCCGAUACCAUCGCUAUGCCACAGUCACCCACGUUAGCUCCAGUGCCGGUGCUAGAUCCACUAUCACCAACGGUGGUGUCUCCACCUCCGGUUCCAGAAUCCGAUACACCAAUUCUUCAGUUCAAUUUCUCAUCGUUCACCACACCUCUGGCUGCAGGAUCCGAAGUGUUGCCAUCCGAUACCAUCGCUAUGCUACAGUCACCCACAUCAGCUCCAGUGCCGGUGCUAGAUCCACUAUCACCAACGGUGGUGUCUCCACCUCUGGUUCCAGAACCCGAUACACCAAUGGUGUCUUCUUCGGCUCCUCGAAUCCAACCCCGAGUACCUGAACAAAGGCCAUCUGAGAUUGAAACCUUAGAUCAGUGUCGCAUGGACCAAACUCCCUUACUUGUUUUCGUAUCUCGAGAAAGCGGGCUCUUACCACUGCAACUGGCUCCCGAGUACGCAUGCUGUUGCUUGGGUUUAUUUGUCAUAUCUGACCUGAACGUAGAUAUAAACAACACAGUCGUAGCUAUUCCUAAGGCUCAGCAGUGCGAACGCGUACGAUGGCGCCUUACCUUGGAAUGGGCACCAGGAGGUGAGGAAGGGUUGUUGGAAAAUAUCAAUGAGAAGUCGCACCCAUGGUGGAUUGAUCCUGUCGAAAAGGAGGCUGGCUCAGUGAAAUCAUCCAGAGACAUGAACACCCUCUAUUUCAGCUUUCUGCCUUUGGACCUCCUAGCGAGCUUCAAACCUAGCGAGUGUUUUCCAAGAGGCUGGUACUGCAGAGACUGCGGGAUGCUUAAUGCGCAGAGGUAUUUUCGACACCAGAUCUGCCAGAGUUCCACGUGCAAACGUAAACUGGAGCGGGGAAAAGCGACGACCAAUGCUGAUGCCCUGAUUUGCCACAUUGAUCCGCUACAAGCACUUCGAGGACCACACCAUCGUUUGCCCAUACGGGAUCCUCUUGAUUGUGCACCUUCGUCAGUUGGCAAAUUGAUUCCUCUCAACAGUGGUGUGAGAGUACAACAUGUCUUCACCGGUAACCAAGAGAUGUUGCAACAGGAUGCAACAAAACUACUCCUCGACAUACAGAAAGAUGUUAUCCUUUCCCGCAGUGACCUACAUAGUAUGUAUCCUUGUUGCUUGGCUUCUAAAACGUGCGAAUUUUUGGUCUCAGGCCCUUAUUUUACCUGGUCUACGAAACUUGAUCACGGAAAUAUCUGCUCCGGGGAUCCAGCCGGACAACCUGAAAUAUCUAGACUUGUCUUCGACAUCCAGGAUAUCUUGCUUCACUAUAUGCAAGCGUAUGGCGAAGUCGACGAUGCCAACAUUAACCAUAUCAUGAUUCAAGCAUGGGUCACUCCGGGCUCGAAACGGGGUGCCGUUUUUCACGCGAAGAGCCACGUUGUCAUCAUCAUUUGUCUAGGUGCCGAAGUCGUCAUGAAUCUAGUACCCAAACGUGGUUUUACGGAGAUCCCCAUUGAAAGUGCGGAAGACUGCAUGGAGAUUGAUAGGGAGCGGAUCUUAAGUGCGUCACAGCUGGCGGAUGAUGGCUGUUCGGAAACUCUUGCGUCGGCAGCAGUAAUUGUGCCAGACGACUGCCGCCAAACUGGUGGUGACCCUGACGUCACGAAUCAACCUGACUCAGCGAGCCUUGCUUUGGGGGAGGCAUCUGGACCGUCAGGUAAUGUAGGUGAUGCCAAGGCAGCCGGAAAGGGGAAGGGUAUUACUGGUGGCAAAAAGAGCAAGCCAGCGCCCUUGGAACUUUCCAUGACCCUAGUUCAUGGCGAUGCGAUCAUUCUCGAGGGAGAUGACUUUGAGUACCAAAUCAAGCGCAGCGGAACUACGAUUCUUCUCAUUGGGUCUUAUGAGUGAUCGGCACGGAUCGGUCGGUGGUUGUCUUGGAAGUUUCAGAUCUGAGGUUAACCAAUAUUAAAUAUUGUCAUUAUGCGAUAGUCUCUUGUUCUCGAGUCGUUUUUAUGAGGGAGGGGGUCCUUCGUCGUGCAUCGUAGUUAGAG